GUAUUGUUUUCAUAUUGAAUGAGAAAGCAUAUCAGUUGUGUAAAGCAGAUUGCUUCCCUGCUGCAGGUUUGUGAGCAUGUAAAUUAUGUCAAGUUUCUUGCUCCUUUGUUCUCUGUCUUGUUCUCUUCUUUUGCUGUUGUCAAAACCCCAACAAUAUCCAUAGUGGAGUGGGCUUAUGAGCAUUUUAUGAACUCAAAUGAGGAAAACACUGGGAACUAAGGCUGCAUUUGUUUAGGGGUAAAAGCUUUUACGGAAAAGCUUUUCAGCCUUUUCCCAUGUUUGGUUGGCUAAAAAUAAUUUCUCAUUGUAAAACCUUUUACAAAAAACGGGAAAAGAAGCGUUGAUUUUAGUAAAAUGUCUUACCGAUUUUAUUUUGGUAAGACGUUUUCCAAAGGCUUUCUUCCCCAGUAAACUUACCUGAAGCUUCUUCCUCUUCCCUUUCCCCUUCCCCUUCCCCUUCUCAUUCUCUUUCCCCCUCACCCAUCCUUUGCACCCUGAUCUACCGAUUGCCGUCAAACAAACGGAACCCUAACCUGACCCUAGGCUGGUCUGGUCAGUCUUUCUGAAACCAACAUCACCUUCCUCUCUUGGAUGGCCAGAACCCAAGUUUAAACCAGACCCCACGAUCAGACCUGUUUCAAUUGAAGACCAAGCCAGGUUUGCCAAUAUGCAAAUGCAAAACAAGGUUCUUAAUAGUUGCAAAGAGUUUUUCAAGAACAGGGUUCGUGAUGAAGAAAACGAUGAUGGUGAUGAUGAUGAUUUUAAUGAAGAAGAAGAAGAAAAAAAUGAAGUAGACAUGUUUUUUAUGAGAAUUUUUGUGAAUAACAGUGAGUUGAGGGGCUACUAUGAGGAGAAUCAUGAGAAAUGUGAGUUCUUUUGCUUGGUUUGUGGUGGCAUUGGUGAAAAAAUUUAGGUAAGAAAUUUCAAGUGUGUGUUGGACUUGUACAGCGUUAUAUGUCGAUUUCGAAAACAAAGUGUAAGACAACCAAUAGAGCUUUUGGAUUGGUUGUUUGUAAAGUUCUUGGUUGGGACAUUGAUAGGUUGCUUGUGAUUUUGUUGAAAGGAGAGCCUUUGAGUCGUAUUUUGGCUAAUUCAAGCGAAUCACAGAACACUUUGCAAGGAGAAGGUUCGAAUAAAAAUGUAGAAAAUCUUGAAACUGGAAAUUCAAGUGGCAAAGUCCAGAAAGAUGCCUUUGAUUCUCUGCUCGAUAGAUUCAUACCAAAUCGCUCAGCAAUGGACUAUGAUUAUGCACAUUACAUGCUGAUUGAAGGAAGGAAGAUCAAAGAGAACCAGACAGUUUUCUCACCAGCCAGGGACGCCUAUAGGAUGCAGCUAGCCGAGGCCUUGAACAUGAAUAGGACUUGAAUCUUGGCUUUCAAGAACAAGCCACCAACACCUGUUGAACUUUUCCAUUGGCUUGAACAAUUCUGAAGUACAGUUAUGGGAUUCUGCUUCAAAUAGGCAGUUGCACACUCUGAGAGGUUGUCACCGAUCAAGAGUGGGUUCAAUGGCAUGGAACAUUCACUUUCUUACAACUGGAGGAAUGGAUGGUAUGAUAGUUAACAAUGAUAUAAGGAUUAGAUCCCAUGUUGUUAAAAACUAUAGAGGACAUCGGCAAGAAGUUUGUGGGCUGAAAUGGUCAGCUUCUGGAAAACAACUGCCCAGUGGAGGUAUGAUAAUCUUGUUCACAUAUGGGAUAUGUCCAAGGCAUCUUCAAAUUCACCAAUACAAUGGAUACACAGGCUAGAGGAUCAUACAUAUGGGAUAUGGGAUAUGGGAUAUGUCUAAGGCACAAGAGUUGGCAAAAGAGAAAGCUAAUAUUGCAAUCAAGAGUCUCCAAUGUCUUCCUAAAAGUCUUCAAAUUAUACAUUUGUCUGAGAAAAAUAAUUUCUCUGUUAAAUUAAAUUGAUGAACAAUAAAUUUUUUGUGGUCAUCAAUAUUAAACUAAUAAACUUCCAUUAUGUAUACAAGGAAAACCUAUGUUACAAGGGUUUCUCUUUUUCAUCUUAAAGUAUUUGUGUUUGACGUUUAUCUGAAAAAAGUGUGAAUAGACUUUGGUUGUUUUCAAUUUAUAAGGGUUAAUAUUCUAGCUUAAUAA